AACCCACCAGUUGAGCUUCCAAUGCCCAGAAAUCCAGGUUCUCCCGAAAAAAGCUCUCCCGAUUUCUUUCCCGGAAUGGGAACCCGCUGAAAGGAAGUGCUAACGAGCGAGAGAGGUUGCCAUGACAACCAAAACAGCGGCGGAUGCUGUCGCUGUUGCUAUGUCCAGGGAGACGAGCACUUCCAGAUCCUUCAAUUGCAGGCCUCGUACUGUACCAGAGAGAAUACUCUUAUUCUUGCUAUUAGCCGUCUGCACUUUGUGUGCCAUUCUAGUGAUACUCCUCUAUAACCAAAAGAGCCCACCGCUACUGCGAGGUAGGCGGAACGUUUUCGAUUGCAUAAAAGACACCGAAAGCUGUCAAAAUACCUCAUGUUCUCAUGUGUGUCUCACGGAAACUUGCGUGCAAGCAGCCGCCACUCUACUCAAGAACAUGGAUCCUCUAGUGUCCCCCUGCGAAGAUUUCUACCAGUUUGCUUGUGGGAAGUGGCCCCAGCACCACGAAUUGCCCAGCGACAGGUCAUACUACGACACAUUCUCUCUCAUGAAAGACGAACUGAAAGCGAAGCUCAGAGAAUUAUUAGAAGAACCCAUAAUAGAAGAAGACAGCAAUGCAACUAUUAGUGCAAAGAAUCUUUAUGCGUCUUGUAUGAAUGAAAGAGCCAUCGAAGAGCUUAAGGAACAGCCCCUUCUCAUUCUCCUGGAGGAGCUCGGCGGCUGGCCCGUCACCAGCUCCAACUGGUCAGAGGAUUCAUUUGACUGGGUACACCAGAUAGCGAAGCUGAGGCAGUUCAACAAUGACAUACUUCUUGGGCAGUGGGUGGCACCCGAUGGAAAGAAUUCCUCCAUCAACAUCAUACAGAUCGAUCAGGCUGAUCUCGGGUUGCCCAGUCGAGAGUACUACAUUCAAGGCACUCAGCAAUUGGAGGCCUACGGCCGCUUCAUGGUGGACAUAGCUCAGUUACUCGGAGCAUCACCGGAACAGGCAGAGAAGGACAUGAGAGAAGUUCUGGAGUUCGAGACACUCCUGGCGAAUUUUACAAUUCCAAGCGAAGAACGCAGAAAUUACACAGCGAUAUAUUUGAAGAUGACAUUAGCAGAACUACAGCAGAAAAUUCCUUUGGUAAACUGGACUCUGUAUUUCAGCGUAGCCAUGCCACUGGAACUGACUGAAGACGAAGAAGUCGUUGUAUAUGCUGUCCCUUAUCUACUUUCGAUGAGUGAUCUCGUGGCAAAUACGUCCAAAAGAACUGUCGCUAAUUACAUCCUUUGGCGGUUCGUGUACAAUAGAGUGAGCAACCUGGACAAGCGUUUCCUCGCCAAACAACAAGAGUAUUACAGUGCUCUUUAUGGAACCCAAGCGAUAUCACCUAGAUGGAAGACAUGCACCGUUUACGUUAACAAAAAUAUGGGGAUGGCUGUUGGAUCACUGUUCGUUAAGAGACAUUUCAAUGAAAAGAGCAAAGAAACGGCUGAAGAAAUGAUAAAGGAUAUCAAAACUGCUUUUCUUGAGUUACUUGAUGAAGUGGACUGGAUGGAUGCAGAAACAAGGGAAGCUGCAAGACAGAAGGCUGUACUUAUGAGUGAAAAAAUUGGAUUUCCAGAAUAUUUAAUGGAUUCUCAAGCUUUGGACGAAGAAUUUGAUGGAAUAGAAUUUAAACCUGAUACAUACUUUGAGAAUGUCCUCCUGAACUUGAAGCAUUAUUCAAGAAAAGAACAAUUGAAACUCAGAGCUCCAGUAGACAGAAUGCAAUGGGUUACUUCUCCAGCUGUGGUGAAUGCCUUCUACACAAGAUCAAAGAAUUUUAUAACGUUUCCGGCUGGGAUUCUACAACCUCCCCUUUAUCACCAAAACUACAUAAGAUCUCUCAACUAUGGAGGAAUAGGUGUGGUCAUUGGUCAUGAAAUUACCCAUGGGUUUGAUGAUAAAGGCCGACAAUUCGAUCAUUUUGGAAAUCUAAAGCAGUGGUGGCAUUCAGAUGCCUUGCAAAGAUUUCAAUCCAAGGCAGAUUGUAUGAUUAAUCAGUAUGGCGACUACAUUAUGACUGACAUCGACAUGAAGGUAAAUGGUAUUAACACCCAAGGAGAAAAUAUCGCUGAUAAUGGAGGUGUUAAACAAGCUUUUAAGGCAUACAAAGGCUGGGUGUCUCGAAAUGGCGAAGAGCCUCUGCUUCCUGGACUCAAUUUGACUCAUGAACAACUGUUUUUCCUCAACUACGCGCAAAUCUGGUGCGGUGUGAUGAGGCCUGAAGCGGCUGUCAAUAUAAUACGCACAGGAGCGCACAGUCCGGGUAGAUUCAGAGUGAUCGGCGCACUGUCCAACUCGAAGGAUUUCAUCGAAGCGUACAACUGUCCCCUGGGCAGUCCGAUGAAUCCGGAGCACAAGUGCGAAGUGUGGUAAAGUCAUCCUCACACACUGAGUUUGUUCAGGGAAUCAAUAGGACGGAUAUGUACUGGGAGAAAUUUCUCCCUCGUUUAUUCGUGCAAUAUAUGUCGUCGUUCGAUGUGUAAAUAAUUCUUCUCUCUGAUCUAACCUGCUUCUCGCGUGGUUCUGUUUUCACGAGAUUUCAUUUCAUUGUGUAUUUAUUUAAUGUGUAGUCAGGUAGAGAUUUUAUUCGAAAGUGGUUGAGACAAGCCUUUUCAGGUAAAGAAACGAGGAUAACAAUUAAAUUGGGAAUUAUUAAAAAAACAUUUUUCACUUUUUAUCGUUAUAAGCUAAUUUAAACUGAAGUUAUGAAAGAAAAAUCACAAUUUCGUUAAGAAAGAUUUAAUCAAUGCAGAUACGAAAUAAUAAAUUUUCGAUUAACAUUAAAAAAUGGUAACUGAACUUCAGACAAUGUAUUUUUAAUAUAUUUGAGCUAGAAUGGAAAUUUUCAUUUCAUUUAAACAUUGGAGAAAAAAUACAUUCUAAACACUAAUUUAAUGCAUGAUACGAAUUACCAAAAAAGGUUUUUUGAAAAAAAGUAAUAACUAUGCAUGGAUACAUCGUUACAGUUGAAAUGAAUAAUGAAAAAAUAUUUAGACGCUUUCUGGUCAUAAAAAAAUGUAAAGUAACAGAAGAAUUUUUCUUUAAUUUGUAUAGAUUUAUUUAGUACAUACCGUAAAUUCUGUCAAAGCAAGCUGCUUGCAUUUAAUGCUUUAUGGAAAACAUUUCUUGUUCUUCAAACAAGACUUUCUAAAUUUUCACUUUUAAUUUAAAUUUUUUAUUUGUUAAAUUUCACAAUUAUUAAAUUUUUAAAGCUUCAACUGUUUUUGUUCUUUGAAUAAAUGUUCAUGGGAAAUGUAAAUAAUUUGAUUAUAAAUUUUUCUUUGUUCUAAAAUUAUUCUAUCUAGUUCUUAAAUUAAAUCAAUUAUUAAACAAUCGUUUCAAUUCAACAAAAACACCUGAAUAAUUAAAAUAGUUUCCUGUAAUUUUUUUUUUACUGUGUUCAGGCUAUAUUUCCUCCUACGAUUAAUGUUUUUAAAAAAUUUUUAUUCCUUCUUACAAUUAGCAUGUAUACUUUUUUCAAAACAUAGCCGAAAUAAAAGAAAAAAAUAAUACAAAAAUAAAAAGUAUGAACUGCUGAGAUAUUACUUGAAAGGCUUGUUGCAUAUAACUGGUUUGAGCACAUUAAAGAUUAUUUGAUCAUUUGCUUUUGAAUCUGUUAUCUAGUCAUCAUAGGUUUUAGAACUGGACAAAUCUGUUUUAUAUUCACUGUCACUGACUUCAUUGCAAAAAUCUGUACAAAAAGACUAAUUCGGACUAGAUAUAUUUUGCUUCACAUAUACGAGCCAUUAUGCGGGUAUUAAGUGUUUUUACGACAGAUAAUUAAGUUAAUAUUAAUCGAAUAUUAAAAUUUAAAUUUCCAUUUAUAUUAAAGAAAUUAUGUACUCUAUUUAUCUUGCAAUUAUCAUGCGUUAUGUUACUUUUAAUGUACAUAUAUUUUCUCAUCAU